AUGGAUUCCGACGACGGUGGUCCCAAGAAAGCGGCCAGGGGCCGAGGACGAACGCGCAGCGCACGGGGUCGAGGCCGCGGACGUGGCCGUGGACGUGGGAAAAAGGCUUCACGUGUCAUCUCGUCCGAUGAGGAAGAGGAAGUGGCGUCCCCAGAACCGGAGAAGGACCCGAUCGAUGAGUUGCCGGCGGAUGGUGCGAAGCAUCGUACGGUGGAGUUGGCACCGACCAAAGAGCUGCCGGCACCACCACCACCGGUUGUAGUGCCGGAGCCGGAGCCAGAAUUGCUGCCUCCGACGAUCAGCGCGCCGCUUAUUAUCGAUAUGGAGGCGGAUAUUUCGCAGCUCGAGGCACCGACAUUCACGACCAUUACACGGGGCCCACCCGAACCAAUGCUGCAUCUUAACUGGAAUCAUAAAGUGAGUCUGAUCGGUGAAAAGGUGUUGAAUCCAAUGAUCUACUGCUGUGAUCAGUGUGACAAACCGAUUCUCAUCUAUGGCCGAAUGAUUCCGUGUAAGCACGUUUUCUGCCUGCGCUGCGCGCGCUCCGAAACGUUCAAGGUGUGCCCACGUUGCAAGGAGAAAGUGAUUCGUGUAGAACAGACGGCGCUGGGAACGGUGUUUAUGUGCACGCACGGUGGCACCCGGUACGGCAAUGCAGGCUGCCGGCGGACGUACCUCUCGCAGCGCGACCUCCAGGCGCACAUCAACCAUCGACAUGUGACGAAUCCCGCACCACUAGCAAUGCCUCAUCCGGGCGCUCCGACAUCGUUAAAUAAUGCACCCCAAAUGCAGCAGCAGCAGCAACAAAACCCGCUCGAACUGUCGCCAAGAAGCAAAAUGCUUGCUGAGAAGUUAGGAGGGGCACCGGCCGCUGGACACGGAAUGCCGAUGAGGAAAAACUCUAGCGAGCAACUGAACUCGCCGCGCUCGGGAAUGAUGCGUGGAUCGGGAGGCAAUGAUUUCGAAUCCUACACGCAUAGCUACAGCGCCGGUUCCACCGGUUACUCUAGUGCUCACUCCGGUUCACAGCAUGGCGCACAGCACUUACCGAGCAGCGUUUCGCAACAACAGUCUGCCCAUGUCCGUGCCAGCUACUCUCCGUAUGGACAGCAGGCGUCGCCGACGACUACCGCAUCGACGCCGUCGGCCUCUUCUUCCAUAUGGAGUCAAUCUACCAGCCAAUAUUACCGAUGAAUGCUCAC